CGAGAAUUCCCGAGUUAAUCCAGUCAAUAUCACUUAUCUCUUCCUGGUUAGUUGCCAAAUUUUCGUUUCGGCUCUACGAUCAACUAGGUGAUAUUAAAGGGCGGGCGAAGCCGCAGCGAUCGUCCCUUAUCGUCCGUCUCUAAUUCCGCGUGGUUAGCACACCCGGGCAAAACGAGAAACACCCCAAGACACCGGUCGCUGGGAUUUUGAGGCUAAACUGCUCAUUACUACAAUCCAUUGGAUUUAUUUCUUCUUCCUUCAUCUCCCCACUCGCUUACUCGACUCUUCUCGCCUUAGCUUUCCGACCUUAGCGGUUGCUCGUCGAUCGCUGUAUCAUCUAUGGCACCCCGCAACGCGGGUCUUCUCCGCCAUUCCGCCUCUCCUGACCCUGACCAGUUAAGCCAUUUAAGACUAUCGGUUCGAUAGCGAUAGCUGCUCGCCCGGGUCCUAAUAUGGAGCCGGCUUCUAAAGCGCAAAACCGUAAAGCUACCUCAGCCACGGAUCAAGCCCCGCGAAAGAGACGCAAGCGGACUGUCGUUACUGGCGCAGCGGAGGAUUGCUUCACCUGCGCCCGACAAGGAUUCUCCUGUGAUCGGCGACGCCCUUACUGCUCUCAAUGCCUUGAUCAUGGUCGGGAAUGUUCGGGUUACAAGACCAAGCUGACCUGGGGUGUUGGUGUUGCUAGCCGGGGUAAGCUUAGGGGGUUAUCGCUUCCGGUGAGCGGGUCGCAACCAGCUGCGACGCCCUCAACCGCACCUUGUCCAGCAGGCCCACACGAAUCACCGUCUAUAUCACCAUCGCCUUACAAGUCCACACCCUCUCACACAGCUACGACCUCAUCAACGACUUCACCUACGUCUCAAGAACAGCAGCGGCCUCCAUUUGUAUCUGAAACACACGGGAACAUAAUCUGGACAAAUAACGCUUCCAACACCCAACAAUGGCCCACGGGAAGUCCACUCUCAGUCCACCAUCGCCCGUGGAGUAAAACAGGGACCCACAGAACAGAUGUCUCACAAGGCAUAGCGAACCUUGAUGUACGGCCACGCUUUCAGGAGAGGCCAGGCCUAUCCACGGGGUGUCAUAACAUGAUAAGCACAACAAAUGUCUGGUCUAGUCAGGCGCAGGUGCUAUCAACGAUGCCACAGUGGCAACACCCGGGGAAUGCCCCGGAAACUGAAGCAACCGAGGUGGUUGAGGAGCAGCACGAGCGAGAAAGUACAGGCAGUCCUCCUCUACGCGUAGAAACUUGCCAUUCGCCGUCGCUAUCACAGCUGCUUCUAGCACGCUCUGUUGGACGUACCCCACGACUCAGAUAUUUAAUCAGCUAUUACGCUGAAGUCAUAGCGCCGAUGAUCGUUGCUUUCGACGGCCCAGCAAACCCAUUCCGCACUUAUGUUCUACGCCUAGCACAGGAAAGCUUAUCACUUCAAGAAGCCAUCGCUACGUUAUCUACAUGUAACAUACGGCAGAGGCAUGAGCGGAGGAUGAGGCCAACGGAGCGGUCCCUUCCAGCACGCUUAUCAUCGUUAGCCCAUCGCGUCUUGACAGACGAGGCGUUCCGAGAUGAAUACGGGGUGUCAAGGCCUGAGGGGUUUGCUCGAGAGGAGCAAUACCAUCGAGGCAUGGCUGUCAAGGCUCUGAAUAUGGAGUUGGCCGAUCCGCGUGAAAGACUGUCGGAUUCCGUCCUCGCAACAUUGCUUGUCCUUUGCUUGUUUCACAUGUGUGAUACUGGCGUCGCUCAAUUCAAAACCCAGUUCGCUGGGGUGACAAAGUUAUUGGCAAUCCGAAUGCGCAGCUCUCCGCAAAUGUCGGAGGAGUUGAAAUGGUUCGUUCGUGUGUUCACCUGGUUUGAUACGAUGACAGCUACCACCAAUGAUCGCGAGACGCAGCUUCGCGGUGCUUGUUUAGAUAUUGCGGCAGUUUCAGACGGUGAGUGGGGGCUGGAGAAUCUUGCAGGUUGUGAUCCAAGCCUGUUCAAAUUCAUUGCGCAGCUCGGUCGUUUGAAUCUUUUGAGUCAAGACCAGCAAGUCAAAGCGCCGGGACUUGUGGAUAUAUCUGUUCCGUCUUCGGCGCCUCCACCAUCGAUGACAUAUUUUUACUCAUCUUCUUCGUUGAGGUCAGAUAUACCUGCCGGCAGCAACACUCAUUCGCAUCCGCUACCCUGUCUACCACAAUCGAGCGACCCAUCAAGGCGACCGUCAUCACCAGCGUUUUGGGCAGAAUGGUAUUCGUUACGGCAAAAGCUUGAAUCAUGGCGUCUCCCCCGCCAGGAUAGUCGACAUUUUGGUGGUGUCCCCGCGUCUACUACAAAUGCAUACAUUUCGCCACCUUCAUCCCCGUCAUCUCAGGCCGUUGUUGCCCCUCAGAACCGCGAGGAUGUCUUUCAUAUUUCUGAAUCAUUCCGCCAUGCCGCGAUUCUCUAUACUGAACGACUUGCGUAUCCAGAUUUGCCAUCCAAUCAUCCCCGUAUUCAAUUACUCGUGAACUACGCGAUGCAUCAUAUCUCACUGGUUAAGUCGGACGUGUACCUAUUAUGGCCGCUUUUUAUCACUGGCGCCGAGUGUGUGGUUGAAAGGCAUCGUACAUUCAUCAGAGAGCGCUGCAAGGACCUUUCCAAAGAUUCUGGAUUUCUAAAUAACCUCUCAUGUCUCGAGUUGCUCGAAAAGAUAUGGGCAGAAAUCCCUACCGCGGCCGAUGUUGGCGAUCACACUGAUCGUGCAUCACGCGGCACAUACGCUGGCGCAUCCGAAGACGUUGUGUCAGCCUUUGAUGAUAAUUUGCCUUCCUAUAGCGAAACAUCAUCAUUCCCGAUUCUGGCAUCGGUUGCGAGACCGCAUGGAUUCCGAUGGCACCGGGUGAUGCAGGCUAAACGGACCGAAGGGGAAUAUAUGGUGGUGUGACAAAAGUCACGGAUGUACAUUCAUGAUACUAAUACACCAGUGGACCUAUUCGGUAAUCUGGCUGAUAUGCUUAAUGAUAUACAACUGGAUAUAUUACGAACAUAGGUAUAGCAUUAUGGAGUUCUACAUGUAUGUACAUACAUAGCAUGGCUAUAGCAGCAGUGGUGGCAGCGAUUGUGCCUACCUUGAACAAAAAAUAUCCCCUCGUAUAACGAAGUCACGUAGCAACCACAUAACAACCUAACUGAUCUCAUUGCCAACCACAGCAACCCGAUGAAGCAAAAAUUCGCCAAUAACGCCCCGCAAUUCCAUGACUAGCUAUAACCUAAGGCCAGAUCCACCUGGAAUGAGUCCGGCGUCGCCAGCGUGUCAGGCGCUGAUUUGCCGAUCUCAACUCCACAGGUCGGAGAUUUAUGUAGAUGCACCCUGGUAACUGCAGUGCAAAAAGAUGGUGGAGGCAUUUGGGCUGGGAAAUCCAUCAUUGGGCGCAUGUAUGUACAAACCAUAGUCAUACAUUCUGUGGAAGGAUCAGGAGGGGUCGUGGUAAGCUGAUAGGGUUGGUCGGUGAUACCUUAGGUAUCUGGCCACGUUAGUUAGCGUGGAGACAAUCUGGUAUAUUUAUGCACGUUCAGUCCGAACAGGGAGUCCGAUGUACCACUCCAC